AUGCCAAACCCCUCCCCCGCUACAUCACCGCGGCGUAAACCAUGGGUUGAAUCACCAUAUCUCGUUUCUUUACUCGCAGGCGGGCUAUCAGGCACAACAGUAGACCUCUCCCUCUACCCCCUCGACACCCUAAAAACGCGCCUGCAAUCCUCGUCGGGCUUCGCCGCGAGCGGCGGUUUCACCGGUAUAUACCGGGGCGUCGGCAGCGCAAUUGUCGGAUCCGCCCCCGGCGCAGCCCUCUUCUUCGUAACCUACGACGGCGUAAAACGGCUUUGGAGCAACGCGCAGGGCGAGGGCGCGCUCGUACACAUGGCAGCAGCGAGCUUGGGCGAAAUAGCAGCGUGUGCGGUGCGUGUGCCGACGGAGGUGGUCAAGCAGCGGGCGCAGGCGAGUCAGUUUCCGUCGUCGAGGAGUGCGCUGAUGCAUAUUUUGGGGCAGCGCAGGGAGAAGGGCGUGCUGCAUGUGUGGCGCGAGUUGUACAGGGGAUGGGGCAUUACGGUUAUGAGGGAGGUGCCGUUUACGGUGAUUCAGUUCCCGCUCUGGGAGGCGAUGAAGCGCUGGCGGUGUCGACGCACGGGGAAGAGCCAGGUGAGUGGGUUGGAGGGCGGCGUGCUGGGUAGUGUAGCGGGUGCGGUGGCCGCGGCGGUUACGACACCCUUGGAUGUGCUCAAGACGCGCAUGAUGCUUGCCAGUGAGAAACAGCCCAUGGUUAGCAUGUUGAGAAGUAUCCUACAGGAAUCGGGCCCCAAAGCAUUCUUCGCGGGCUUGGGACCGCGCGUAGGAUGGAUCAGUGUCGGCGGAGCCAUCUUCCUGGGUUCAUACCAAUGGGCGAGUAAUCUACUCGGAGGUGUAGAACAGGAAUGA